GGUGGUGAAUCCGUUGGGCAGUGCUAAAAGAAAACACAAACUUCUGGCUGUGUAUUUCUCCCUACUAAAUUUGCCUCCCCAUGUGCGAUCAACAGUUGACCACAUGCAGCUGGUCUUACUCUGUAGGGAAAAAGAUUUUACAGAGUUUGGCCACUCCAAAGUUUUCUCCGAGUUGGUGUCUGACUUGAAAAUGUUAGAGGAGAGUGGAAUAAUGGCGGAUGAAUCUGUUCUGAAAGGAACUCUAUACUGCGUUGUUGGAGAUAAUCUUGGCUCACAUUGUAUUGGUGGAUUCACAGAGAACUUUAGCUCAUCGCAAUACUUUUGCCGAUACUGUCUAAUUUCUCGUUCUGAAUUUCAGACUGACUGCACUUCCUCCGGUGUGCCACGGACUCCUGAAAAUUACUCAUCCGCAGUGGACCAAAUCCAGACGACAAGGGACGUGGAAGUCCAAGGGAUAAAAUUCAGAAAUGGCAGAAUCACCGACUGAAAUAAUUAGAAGGACCAUUACUACAGUGCUUCCUGAUUUCUCUGAAGAACUCAUACAUUCAUUGAUCGAUGCUCUCAAAGAGGUCGGCGUAGAGACUUUAGAUGAUAUGCGCUAUGUCACUGAAGGUGAUUUGGUACCCACACUCAAUCCAAUUCAAGCCAGGAGACUUGUGACGUGGGCUAAAAAUGCGUAUGCAUCUCCUCCGCCCAGCCACGUGGUGUCUUGUUCCCCAUCGCCAUCGCCCACUUCCUCUGUGACGUCUUUGUCAUCGCCAUGCAACACGCCAUCCUCUUCAGUCAACUGGUCUGAGAAAUUUGAAAUUCCUUGGGCUAAACUCCCUGAAGAGCUCAUGCAAUGUCUGGAAAGACAGAAAAGGCCCGCUCCAAAACUUAGACGUGAAAUGAUCAGAGUUGUCGUAGCGGCUGUAAUUAAGGUCUGCAACAGUCCUACCAAACCGCACAUGGCACAGAUUGCCAAGAGGAUGGUGGCUAAAUACCCGAAGUCUCUCCAAGAUGUUAUUGAUGGUGACAUCGUUGGUUCUGGGUAUGACUCGAUUGCCAAGCAGCUACAGACUCGUCUGGAGAACGUAAAGCGACCAGACACGCCAAAAAUAAAAAGACGUAAACAAGACACAGAGGAAGAAGACACAGAUGAACUCACACCAAGCCAACGAGCAACUGUGCAGGACACAUAUGGGUGUGUGAAGUGGGAUCCAAAGUUCAUGCCAGUGGCUGAAACUGUGGAGAGUCAGAAGAUGAAGAAGGAACAAAUGAAGAAGAUGCACGAGGACAUGAAUUACAAUGCAGAGGAGAUCAAAGCCUUGGUUGUGGCAACCUACUUCUCCCAAAGAGGAGACAUCAACAAGGGCGUGCCCUUAAAGCGUCUUCGCCAAGAGUGGCCUUUCCUGUUUAAAGAGCCUGGCAUGGCCGCACACUUUGAAGAAUUGACUGGUCUAAGUCUCAUCGGCACCUUCAUUGGAAAUGUGGAAAGAAAGGGCAGACGUCUUCUGGAAUUCUUCAGACAUGUGGUUGCACCGAAAAACAAAAAGGUCCAGGAUGUGCUGAUGAAGUGCCAUGAUGAAGAGCCAUCAGGCAGUUGCACAGGGACCAUUGAGAUGAUUAUCCUUCUGAUGACCCAUUUCGCUGAGAAGGACGAAAGCCUUUUCCAUUUUGUUGAUGACACUUGUCUGGCCCAGGAGAUUGACCGAGAGAAGCUUCCACCAAACCCCUGCAUCAUUGUGUGUGGAUCCUCGUGUUUCGCUGCCAAAAUAUUCAUGCUCGCAAUUGACCAGGAAGUGGUCAAUGACCACAUCAGUACCUUCAUGAUGGCUGUCUGUCUGAUGUUUGGGAGCUAUUAUGUGUUUAAUAUACACUACCCAGUGGAGCUCCGAUCCAGCCUGGAAUUCCUGCAAAGGUGCUUCUUCGGCAUUAACCCAGAGCGGGGAACAAAGGUCGAGUGGAAGAAGCAGAAGAAGGUGCUCCCGGUCAACCCCAGAGUUCUGACCCUGAUAUCAGACCUGGCAGACUAUGAAUGGAAAUAGUCUCUACACGUUUCAAAGAAAUGCCUCGGGUAGCUGUUGUUUAACGUUAAAGUUGUUGUUGAUAACAGAUUUGAACAAUAUUUUCCAAGUUCAGAGGGUGAAAUGUUGAAUGUUCAAAACGUGGUAGCUCCCAAACAUCAGAUACUCAUUGAUACUGGCAGAGUGAGAGUACAAAACAUUCUAGUAUGCCUGCAAAAUGUGCGCGCGUGUGUGCGAGUGCGCGUAUGUGUGCCUGAGCCACAUUCCACAUUAUUACGCAAAUUACAUUUUUUUGUCGUUUUCCCAAA